UUGUUGGAACCAAACCUAGAGCAGUGGUAUGCUGCUAGAGUUUCAGUUCAAUGCUUAAGCAACAUAUGUUAUUAUAUAUCAUACUCACUGCACAUAGAUUGUUCAAAGCAAGAGCAGUGAGAUACUUUCUAACUCCCUGUUCUCUCCUCCCUUUCUUUCCAUUGUACAGAUGUUAUUUUUAUCUGAUUUAGAUGUAUUUGCAUAUUUAUUGGUUAGAACUUGGUGAUAAGAGGAUAAUUUGCUUUUCUGGAUCAACCUGAGUGGUUUCAACACCAUAUUCUGGUUGGGAUUGCUCUUCCCCUCUAUCCUCUUUGAAAGAAUACGUUAGGUGCUUUUGGUCAUUUACAGGUAUAUGUGGACUGUAUGAAAGGAAGCUGAAGGAAUUAAAUCCAGCCUCAAGAAACAUCUCAUAUGACAUUGCAGAUCUCUAUAAUUUCAUUGACGGUCUUGUGGACAUGAGUGCUCUUGUAUAUGAUCACUCUGUUCGAGCCUAUUUGCCUUACGACAGACAGUGGGUUAAGCAGAAAAUAUUCCAACACCUCAAGAAGUUAGCCCAUUAAAUUGUGUUGUCAUUCCUGCAUUCUGAGUGUUAUCUAAUCUGAUAGAUUAUCCUACAUUUCAAUAGGUAAAUCAGUGCAGAAGUUCCUAUGCCAUAAUUGUGUGUCUCUUGUUCAACAUGUGUGUUAGAACUAUUGUCGUCCUCUCUUCCAAUAUGAGUUUAAUCAAUGAACAAAGAAUGUUGUGUGGUCAGUGUUGUAUUUUUGUAGCAUCAUAUGCAAAUUGUUUGUGCAAUUUGGCCUUACAAAUCAUGUAACUUCAGUUCUGAUAGAUUUAUGGUGUGGACCGUACCUGAGUCACUCAGUAUUUUAUCUUAGCCUUUCCUUGGUCAUGACUCAUGAGGGGGUUGUUUGUGGAACUGAAAAUUCUA